AUGAAUUCAACAAACAAUUCUAUCGAAGAAAGCAACUUUCCCAUUGAUCCAAUUAUUAAAUACACUAACACAGGUUCAAUUAGUAAUAAUUUUCAAUAUGAAGUUAUAGAAAUAGUAUAUUAUCCCGAAAAUCCCAAAACCACUCAUGGAAAAAAUGGUCAUGCUAUCCCUAAUGAAUAUAAAAUUAAAACAACAUUUGGGAAAAGCGUAAUAACAUGUUCAAUUCAUUAUGAUGAAAAUAAUUCGCCUGUUUUUCAGAUUGACUGGAUUAAAGAUGAUGAAGUUUUUAAUAACCAGUUUCGUCAAACAUUCCCAGUUUUUUUAAAUGCUAAUUUAAUUUCACAUCCUUUUUUAAAGAAACUUGGAUCAAGUUCACGAAAGUCAGGAAUAUUAAUGUUUGGAUUGCAUUUAUCAACUUCAGGUCAGAGAUUAAGAGUCAUAUCAGUAGGCCAAGAUAUGCAACAGACAUUUGAAAAUAGUAAGUCAUCUGCUUUAAAUAUUAAUGAAGAAUUAGAACAAGCAUUAUUAAUCAAAACAAUAUUUGAAGCAAAUGAUACUCGCUAUGAACUUUCUUUUAAUAAAAAAAAAUCAAAUGUCGAAGAAAUAGCCAUUGUCAAAGUAAUGGAUGAACAUGAUAUUGGUAGAGAUUAA